AUGUCUUCUUCUACUUUGGAUGACGGCAUGUCCAUCGUGGGACAUCUGCCCAACCUACAGACACCAGCAAUCUACUCAAGCUCGGUGAAAGACUUCAUUACACAUUCUCAGCUUAGACAAUACGUCGAGAGUUUCCGUCUUCCAUCGACUCAUCCUUCGAAAAAGGAGAUCGUAGCUGUUGCGCUACCCAAUGGGCCCCUUCUCGCGGCCACCAUCAUUGCCGUAUCGACUUACUAUGUCGCGGCCCCGGUCAACCCUAGCGUUGGCGUUGAGCAGUUUAAGGCAGAUGUCAUCCAGGCCGGCGCCACGAUUGUCUUAACCACCCAUGAGGACUCAAAUAAGUUGGGACUGGGGGACUCGUGGGUAGUAGAUGCAGGAAUCACGGUCUGCCUGGCUCGGCUGGAGCCAGACAUGACAAUCACAGUUACUGAUCACACCGGGGGCAGUUUGGUGGGACUAGCUACCGUCAAACCAAGCACUCCCCGGGACACAGCUAUCCAAUUGUUCACAAGUGGCACAUCUGGAAACAAGAAGCUAGUGCCAAUAUCAAUAGGAGCUGUCUUAAGUGGAGCCCAGAUGGUUAUCAAGUCUUGGGGCUUGACUGCAGAUGAGACGUGCCUAAAUAUGAUGCCUCUUCACCAUGUUGGGGGCUUACUACGUAACGUCUUCGCUCCCAUCUUUGCAGGUGGCUCAACGAUAUGUUGCCCAGCAUUUGAUCCAGGGUUGUUCUGGGACCUCGUCGACCAAGAGCUUCCAACAUGGUACUACGCAUCGCCCACGAUGCACUCCUUAAUCCUUAGUGAAGGCCUGCACCGACAGUUCGAUAUGAAGAAGAGUCGAAUCCGGUUGAUUUGCAAUGCUGCUGGCGGCUUAUUACCUGCUCUUGCCUGUCAACUGCGAGACACUUUCAACUGUACCGUACUGCCAAGUUAUGGAAUGACAGAAUGUAUGCCAAUCUCGACGCCACCUCUAAACUACAAGUUGGAUCGCGAAGGCACGUCUGGGAUUUCUGUCGGCCCAGAACUCUGCAUCCUUGACGGCGCUGGAAAGGCCGCGUUUCCUAAUAUCAUUGGCCACAUUAGCGUACGUGGGUCUCCUGUCUUCGAAGGCUAUCUGAGACCGGAUGGUACCUUAGACAAGUCUUCUUUCACCGAGGAGGGAUGGUUUGACACAGGAGACUUGGGCUAUAUGGACACAGAUGGGUACCUUUACAUUACAGGUCGGUCCAAGGAAGUCAUCAACCGUGGCGGUGAGAUCAUUUCACCCUUCGAGGUCGAGAAUGCGAUUAUAUCUGCCGCUGGCGACCCCGACAGCCCCAUCUACGGGAGAGUCACCCAGGCGUUAGCCUUUGGGCUCUCUCAUGAUGUGCUUCAAGAAGUAGUCGGCAUUGUGUUAGUCACGCCAAAUGACGAGCCGCGAGUUGAUGUUCGCCUUCUGCACCAGAGUCUCAGAUCGCUGCUCCAGCAAGCCAAGUGGCCAGCGCUCAUUGUUUACAUGGAAGAUGUCCCAAAGAGAAACAACAAGGUAUUGCGUACAAAUCUAGCGAAGCGCCUAGGUUUACCAGAGCAGACAGGAUCUACACCAUUCCUUGAGAAGCACUGGGAAGCUGUGUGUCCGCCGGUGGACACAGCCUUGGCAACCCCCAUCGACGCUACCGUGUGCGCUCUAGACAUCUCUCAAUUACAAGAAGCCGCCAGCCAGAUCACGCCGACUACUAUCGAGACUUAUGUCGACAUAUCUCCUGUCGACGGGCGACCUGAGAUGUUCCUUGCACCAAGGCCUACUACUGAGGUUUCGAGGGAGUCUGGCACUGGCGCCGGCGCAGAACUCAAACAACUUCUCCCAGCUCGGACUCACAACUACAACAUUCCCGAGAGGAUACAGUACCUAGAUCAGCCGAUCCCAUUGUGCGGAUGCGGUACUGUUGAUAAGGAGAAGCUACGCGCAAUGAGCGUCGAACAGCUCAACAGCGCAGAGAACGCCCUAGCUGCGAGUCUCGAAGAGGCUGUUCUCCAUAUUAUUGCCAAGGUACUAUCAAGGAGUCCUACUGAAAUCGAAGUCACUGCAGACUUCUUCGCCAUUGGUGGAGACUCAAUUCUAGCCGGCCGAUUGUUGUCCAUGCUGAGGAGCGAGUACAAAGUCUCGCUGCCCAUUGAGUUCAUCUUCAACCAUGGGUCAGCUCGCGACAUAGCCAAGGAGCUGGAGGCAGAAGGUGCUUCGCUGGACGAUUCCGAUGGAAGCACUACGUUUGACGAGAAAGAUUUUAACCUGACAGGCAAACAGUACAGCUCGACCAACUUGUUCCUGAUGUUCCUUCAGCUUGUACCGAUGAUGAUUCUAUACCCCAUGCGUCGCGCGCUUCAAUGGACAGUGUUUCUGGUUGCUCUGAGUUCUACUUUAACCUGGCAAACGAACGAGUCAGUAUGGGGCCGUCUACUCGUUCUUAUUCUCAGCAUCGCCUUCUCGAAAAUUGUCAUCGGUCUGGUUUCCCCUUGGUUCGGCAUUGCAGCAAAAUGGGUGAUCAUUGGGAAAUACAGGACAGGCUACUAUCCCAUGUGGGGACCUUACCACACCCGGUGGUGGCUGGUUCAAAAGAUUAUUGAUAUUACUGGCAUGGGAUUCUUUGGCUCUACCAACUGGUCCAAGUGCUUGUACUACCGGAUGAUGGGAGCCAAGAUUGGGAAGAAUGUUACUAUCAACGGCGCCCGCACUGGCGAGUGGGACCUCCUCGAAAUUGGAGAUGGCGCCGUCCUCGAACACUGUACUCUUCGACCAUUCGCUGGUGAGAGAAACACGACGAUGUAUCUUGGUCCGAUCACCAUUGGUCGUAAUGCUGUCGUCAACAAGUCCUCCAUCGUUGCGCCCGGGUGUAUCGUCCCCAACAAUGCUUGCAUUGGACCCAACUCGUCCGCAUGGGAACUGGAGGACGCCGACGAGAGCUUUCGCGACCUCCCAUCAUCAAACAUCCCUGGCUCUCACUGGGUACUGACUCUGUUCGCUACUGUCCCCCUAUCCUUCUUUAGCCACGUCAUUUCCCUGAUCCCAUGGGCACUCGGUCUGUUGGGUCUAGUCAUGGCUCAACCGAUCGAGACUCUGAAUCCCGUCCGCAGCGUCAUCCACUGGUUUGCAUCUGGAGGAAGAGUUGGGUAUCAUUACCUAGCUCUGGUUCUUAGGUCCACGCUCAGUCCGUUCUUCAUCUUCGCCUUUGCGGUUUCUAUGAGACUAUUCUUGGAUGUCUGGUUCGGGAGGCUGUCCCCAGGACCAGCUGUCACCCGCAGCAACAUCGAUCGAUGGCGAAUGGCUCUCAUGAAAACUUUGAUGCCAGUCUCAAAGCUUCACGGCAUGACUGAAAUACUCGGUCAGCACUACGAAGGAACCUCUAUCGCCGUCCGUUUACUAGGAGGAAAAGUCGGCAAGCGUGUUUACUGGCCCGGCACAGGCCCAUCAAUUGGAGACUAUCAUUUAAUUGACAUUGGCGACGACGUUGUCUUUGGUUCUCGAUCGCAUCUUGUCACUUCCGAUGGUAUCAGCUCGGAGAAGGUCAAGAUCGGCGAUAAUGCCAUGAUUGCCGACCGUGUCUGCCUUCUUCCUGCCGUCACGAUUGGCAAUGGUACGGUAAUGGGUUCCGGUGCCUUGACCAGACGUGGAAAGUCCUACGAAGAUAACAGCACCUGGGUAGGCUCCAGAGGAGGGGAUUCCAUCCACCUCUCCCGCCCAAGGCCAAAGCACGUGGAUUCCGAAAAGUCGGAUACAUACCAGGGUAAAGAACAGAAGGUUGCCCAGGUGGAUGUUCAGGAACUUUCCAGUGGCGUAAGCUCAAGUUCGUCGUCUACACUUGGGCCAACGUCACCGACAGUUUUAUCUCCGAAGGCAAGCAGUCAACAGUUGGCAAUGGGCACAGUAAAAUCAUUUCCAUUAUCAGAGAAAUCAAGCCGACAGGUGUUGUUUACCCAAGAAGCACUACAGCCCCAGGAGGAACUGACGCUGAGUCCCUUUGGUCGAGCUUUCUACCUCAAAAAAGCCCCUUACAAGGUCUUUGGACAAGGCGUCAUCUUCUUGUAUUCUGCUCUGAUCACAGCAUUUACAGCAGCGUACUGGAACGUUGCUUUCAUCCUCUCUAUUCAAAUUGUCUACUGGAUCAGAUUUGACCACCUACUCGGCAGAGGCUUCUGGAGUGACGCACUCCACGUCUGGGGCUUCAUGACGGCAGCUAUUGCCAUUAUAACUUCAACUCUAGCCGUUGUGGCACUUGGCUUGGUCAUCACGGCGAAGUGGGUUCUACUUGGACACCGGAAGCCAGGUAACUAUGACUGGGACAAGAGUAGCUAUUGCCAGAGGUGGCAGCUGUUUCUCAGCAUUGAGAGGCUUCGACGUCACUGCUACCGUGGGCAUGGUAUUCUCGGGAUGCUAACAGGCACGCACUGGAUCGUCAUGUACUUCCGAGCACUGGGCGCACGCAUCGGCAAGGACUGUGCGCUGUUUGUGAAUGGCGCGCCGAGUUUGAUGUUCACUGAACCUGAUCUUCUGACCAUGGGGGACAGAGUAGUGGUAGACGACGCUAGUCUCGUUGGGCACAUUAACAGUAGGGGCACUUUCGACUUGAACGAACUUCACGUUGGUGACAGGUGUGUGUUGAGGACUGGGAGCAGACUCCUCUCGGGAGCUAGCAUGCAGAAUGACAGUUGUCUUCUGGAACACACCCUAGUGAUGGGUGGCGAUGUCGUGGAUGAGCGAACGACACUGCAGGGUUGGCCAGCGCGGGUGUUCAAGGGCGACACUGCUGGUCACACCCGGGCGUAA